GUCACGUUAUGUUGGCAGCAGUGCUAAGUUGUAGCCGGUGGUUGGCUGUCUCGCUUGAUAAUUUCUUUUCCCAUCCGUAGCCGAUUGGUGUCGUGCUAUCCAAAUGGGUAAACCCCGUGGUAUUCGUACGGCGCGAAAGCACGUGAACCAUCGUCGUGAGCAGCGAUGGGCCGACAAAGAGUUCAAGAAAGCCCACAUGGGUACGAGGUGGAAGGCCAACCCCUUCGGAGGUGCUUCUCACGCUAAGGGCAUCGUCCUGGAGAAAGUUGGUGUUGAAGCCAAGCAGCCUAACUCUGCCAUCCGCAAGUGUGUCAGAGUACAGCUCAUCAAGAACGGAAAGAAAGUAACGGCGUUCGUGCCCCGGGAUGGUUGUCUCAAUCACAUUGAAGAAAACGAUGAAGUACUAGUAGCAGGUUUCGGUCGUAAGGGUCACGCCGUGGGUGACAUUCCCGGAGUUAGAUUUAAGGUCGUGAAAGUGGCCAAUGUCUCCCUCCUAGCCUUAUACAAAGAAAAGAAGGAAAGGCCACGAUCAUAGGCGUAAGCUUCACUGUGAUAAGUGACCUGCUGCUGUAAGCUGUGUUGUUUGUGUACAUUAUAAAAAUGUAAAAUCAAGUACAUAAUAAACUUUGUACGCCAAUA